GACACUAGAUAUAUGGAAGUGCAUACGACAUCCAACUCAUACUGAAAUUGUCAAACUAGGCCUAUUUCCUAUAUUUGAAAACACAAUUGCGAACUUCGGAAGCAAAUAGCAUUAACAAUGAAGUGUGUGGUGUUCAUGUUGUUAGUUUUAGUACAAGUGAAUGUUUCUUACCAACAACAUAUCCUUACCGAACACAAAAGGCGCCAUUGUAAGGCUCUACAGACCUCGGAUAUCAUGGAGCAUGCGCUACCCGAGAUACGCCGCAUCCUUCAGGCAGAAGCCGAAAACACCAGACGUCUCCUUCAGACAGAAACCGAAAACACCAGACGUCUCCUUCAGGCAGAACCCGAAAACACCAGACGUCAGCAUGGGGAGUUCGUGUUUGCUUCUGCUCUAAGAGGUUCGAUCUUGGUGAGAUGUGGGACUGGAUGGGUAUACUAUGACAAUAACUGUUACUGGUUUUCUCAGACAAGCAAAACGUGGGAAGAGGCAAUAGAAAUAUGCGAGAACAAGAACUCCUACCUAGCAGACAUUCGAAGUGAUGAGGAAAAUCGAUUUGUCAAGAUGAAAUUGAUCAGUAUCAAUGAAGUAAUGGUAUUGAAUUAUCAUUAUUACCUUGGAGGACAUCUUACGGAAGGUAAAUGGACCUGGAGGAGAUCUGGCGAGUUUAUUGGAUAUACUGACUGGGCACCAAAAGAACCUAACAAUCACAAAGGUGUUGAAAGUUGUCUGUCGCUGCAAGGAUCUUCUGCCUUUAAAUGGAAUGAUGUGGAAUGCACAGCGACGAAUGUCGCUUUCAUUUGCAAAAAAAAGGGUCGAACACGAAGUGUAUCCUUAACGAUGAAGAUAAACAAUACCUACCAGGACAGGAAUGAUCUUCAAACGCGACACGCGACUAGAUAUCACAGAUAAUAGAUUUCGGGCUUUUGAACAUUAUAAUUGAUUGUUUAAAUAGUAUGUCUGCUUAUUACAUAUGAAGUAACUAAAGUAGUUGUAUCCAUUCGAGACGAUAUAGCAUUCCAUUGAUUUUUAUCAAACUUCAAAUAUUGGUCAUGCACGAGAUUAUCUAGAACCUGUUUGUGUUUAAGGAUACUAAUGUCAAGAUAACAUUCGUCGUUACUAUUUAUAGAUUUUUGUAUUCUCUCUAGCGGCUUCGUUUCUCCAAGGUAAUGACGUUCAGGAUCCCCUCUCUUAAAAAACGUUGUGCUGACUGUAAGACUGCAGCAUAGUCAGACCAGGAUUAAACAUGGUCUACAGUUGUUGUUUUCGAAACGCAAAUAUAUAAGGGGAGGUUUUUGUAUGUACAAAAACGUGAAGUGGCGUUCUUUAGUGUUUGCCGGCAAUGUGACAGGAACCCUUAAGGAAGUGUAGGUUGAGAGACAAUUACAAGCUGAAGUGUUUAAAACUUCCUGUCGUCAUACAACUACUGUAAUUAUUGUUUCCUUUACUUCGUGUAUAAUAUACAUUUCAAAAUUUAACAAGUAGUUUGUUUUCAUUUUUCAUGAGAGAUCUGUUCCCGAUGUAACGUGACGUGCUUACGGAUGUUUUCUAGAUUUCCAACGUAAACGCUAAUACAUUAUGAGAACCUUUAACAUAACAACCGCACACAUGAAGUGUUCAGUGAUUGACAUUAUAAUUGAUUUCAAAAUUUCUUAAACCGUAACACAAAGUAACCACUGGUACGAAAAACACAAAACGCAAUUACCAUUGUUAUUACAUAGAAAUACACCGGCAGUUCAAUUCCUAAUCCAUCUAGUACAUCACGUGAGGUUAGAGUUAGAUUCCCAUUAUCAAUGCAUUGCGGGUAAAUGUCAGCACUGGUCUA